AUGGGCAUGGGCGUUGAGGGCAGGGGCAUACGUCAUUCCGGGUUUGGCCAUCUUUGUACGGCGCGAGUGUCACGGCUCCUCCAGCUCUCGCAACAACCCCUUAGCGACCAGAAACCUUCCGACGCCCUUCUCGAGAUGCGGGCCCUGGUAAAGCUCCCUCCAGCCACCGACGGGGCGUCUGGACAUCUAGACCUGCUUCGGGCACUGUGGCUCCUCCGCCUCCCGGAAACUAUCCGCGCUGCCAUUCCCAACGCGGAGAAGAUCGACGAGGACGACCUGCAACAACAGGCAGAUAGCCUAGUCGACACACUCACGGCUUCAACCAGCUGCAUCAGCGCCGUGCCUUCCGACACCCCACUAUCAUUCCAGGAUGACGAGGUCGACAUCGCGGCAGCAAACCGCCUACCACAGAGAACUCAACAACCACCGGCGAAACAGUACUACGCCCCGCUGCCACGAUCAAACCACCAAGGGACCAAGAAGACGUUCACUGAGCAGCUCAGCUACUACCACGCCAAAUUCGGCCCCAAGGCAAGAACCUGCCACCCAGGAAGCUCAUGUCGGCUGGUGGACGCAACCUCCCUUACCGCCACCCCCACCGCUGCCGCACCCACUGAGUUCGCCCUACAGGUAGUCGUCGAGGUGACUGACAGCUUCUCUCACCUCCGCAACACCUACCCCGAUGUCUUCAAGCCAGAACUCCGACAACAGCCAAAACAUCCGUGGAGGAGGAGGAGGAGGAGGAGGGGACGUAAACGUCGCAGGAUUGUUAAAGAUCGGAUGAACCCCUUCACAGCAAUGAGUGACGACGAGUUUGUCGAGCGCUUCAGAUGCAACAAAACUUCAAUGUAUGAUCUCAUUGAAGAAAUUAAAGACCAGCUUUCAGCCCCAACUGACUCAAGAGGCUGUCCUGUUCCGCCACACCUGCAAACCCUGAUUGCAGUUCGUUGCAUGGCAACGGGAGACCACCAGAUGACAUUAGGGGACUGCCAUGAUGUGUCACAAAUGACUGUCAGCAGAUGUUUGAAGGUUGUGUCAAGAGCAAUCGCUAGUUUGAGCCAGCGUUAUAUAAAACCUCCUUGCGGCAAUGACAUGCGACGAACAAUUGAGCAAUUCCAUGACAUCAGUGGAAUGCCUGGUGUGGUAGGGGCAAUUGAUUGCACACAUAUCUCUAUACUGAGACCAUCUGUGGAAAACCCUGAGAUGUUUAGGUGUAGAAAAGGAUAUUUUUCAUUAAAUGUCCAAGCUGUGUGUGGGCCAGACCUGCAGUUUCAUAAUGUUGUUGCCCGUUGGCCUGGGAGCGUCCAUGACAGUCGAGUUUUUGAAAACAGCAGGCUCUGUGCUGAAAUAGAAGUUAAUUUAAAUCCCAGGUAUCAUCUACUUGGAGAUGCAGGAUAUCCCUUGAAAAGGUAUCUAAUGACACCUGUGUCAUUUCCAGAUAAUGCUCAUGAGAGAGCUUAUAACUACAGUCAUUCCCAAACCAGAAACACUGUUGAACGGGCAUUUGGGAUAUUAAAAAGGAGGUUUGGGUACUUAGGGAAGAGAGUCAGGACAAGUUUAGACACCACCAAAACUGUUGUAGUUGCUUGUGUGGUACUACACAAUAUUGCGGUGAAAACUAGGCUGGUUUUACCACAAGAUGGAAGGGACGUGAACCUAAAUGUCAAUAACAUCCCUAAUGAGGUUCCUGCACAAAGACGAGGAAAUGUAGAAGGCAGACUGAAACGGCAGCAAAUCAUCAGGGACUUCUUCUAA